AUGGCCGCUUUUGCCGUCAACUGCGAGACUUUGAAGAAACUCACUUGUUAUUCCUGCAACUUUGGUACAGAGGGCAUAAACGCUGUUCUCGAUCACUCUUCCUCUCUCAAAGAGCUCUCCGUCAAGCGUCUUGUUGGUGGCGCUGCCAUACCAGUCAGACCUGGUGUCGUUGCUUCCUCCCUUAAGACCAUCUACAUCAAGGAGCUCCACAACGGCCAAUGCUUCGGACCCCUUAUCAUCGGUUCCAAGAAUCUCAGAACCUUAAAAAUCUUCUGUUGCUCUGGGCCUGGGGAUUGGGAUAAGCUCCUCGAAUCCAUAGUGAAACGAGUCACUGGUUUGACUGAGAUCCAUCUGAAGACACUCCUAAUUAGCGACGUCGGCCUUGCUGCCAUCUCUAAUUGCUCAAAUCUAGAAAUCUUACACCUUGCAAACACUCGCUUGUGCACGACUGCGGGACUCGUGUCCAUCGCUGGCCAUUGCAAGCUCUUAAGGGAACUCCACAUCCAUGGAUGGAAGAAAGCCAAUAGGAUAGGUAACGAAGACCGUACUGCUAUUGCCAAAUGGUGCCCUAACCUUAAGGAAUUGGUUCUCAUGAAUGUCAAUCCUACUUGUUUCAGUUUGGACCUUCUCGCUGCCAAUUGCAAGAAUCUUGAACGCUCAGCAUUCUGGACUAUAAUGUUACUUAGUUUAGAAGGUAGAGGUGCACGUGGAAUUAAUGAAAGUUCAGGGAGGCAAUUGUGA